GCACGUUAGCCGCGCCAAGGGUCACUUCGGUUCGAGAAAACACGCUUGCGACGAAUAUUCAACACGCCACUUAGCUUGACAUUUGACGAUGGGUUGUGUGGAGAGCAGUCGCCGUGUGAAGGAGAUCCGCGUCGUUCAGCAGGGCGCGAAUAAACCCGACUUCAGGCGCGGCAGCAAAGGUAUCCUCUCAGGGUGCCGACCUCCUCGCACACCCCUACCAAACAUGGUUGACUCAGGGUUUGAAGACGAACUCACAGCAAUUGCUACAAUCGAUCUUGGGGAAUCCUUCGAUUCAAGGCAUUCAUACGGAGGAGCGGUUCGACCCUCAGGGUUGUCUCCUGAUUCAGGAAUUUUCGAGCUCAUUGGAAAUGAUUACUCUGGCGUUGUAACAGAAUUUGACACUGUUCCAAGAAUGGAAGACGAAUUCAGACUGCCCAGAAUCAAUACAGAACUUUUAAAUGGAAGCGCGUGUCCCCCAAGGGUUAGUGCCCUGAGAAAGGAAGAGGCUGCCAUUCUAAACCGCUUGCAUCAGGAAGGCCUCAUCACACGACCAAAGGCAACAACCUCAGGCGGCCUAAGCUACGAUUUGGUGACCAAGUGCGAGGACUCUAUGAACUUAGGACCGGGGGCUCGUCUGCCGCCGAUCAAACUGAAAAAGCUCGAGAAACGUCGCUCACGCCACCGGGUCAAAACUCCUUUGAACGAGGAACAGUUUUACAAAAAGCUCCAAAAGGCCGAGGAGCGCAGAAAAGAGGUCGAAAUGGAAAGAACGAGACGAAUCAGCGAGCGAAUUGCGUCGGCAAAGCCGCUAGGCCUGCAGAAGCUGGAAAACUUGGCCAAAUUGCAGAAAAAUAUGGAGAAAUUUGAGAUCACGUUGGAGAACAGGGCAACCUAUCUUCAGAACAUGCGCGACCGACUAAAAGAGCACAACCAGAAGGCGGCGGGGGUUCGCAUGAAGAAGGCCAGAACGCAGUUGGACUUCAACAGCACCCAUGGCGGACUUGAGGACGUUUUAAGAGUCCACGGCGAAUUUUAAUUCUCAACAGCUUUUUAAGAUUCAAUAAUCGAUUCAUUGAAAAACAGACGUAGAGAAAAAAAUAAUUUCAGUUUGGAAAAAGCUGAAAUAAGAAUUUAGAUAUUUUUCUAUAAGCUUGCUAUGCUAAGGAUUAAAAAAUAGAUACUUCUAAAAACUGCGAUCUUUUUAAACCCUCAAAAAAUGUUUUUGCAGUUGAGGUGGUUUUAUUACUGGUCAUUUAAGCGUUUACCUUUUGACAUUCAUUUGUAUAUAAUUCUUCAUAAAAAUAAACUCAACGUUGUGUAUUACAGUCAUCUUAAAACAUGAUUUUGAUUUCAUGCAACCACCACCUACAAAAUUAUGUUUCUUUUUUUAAAUUCCCAUGUUCAUACAUUAUUUUACAACUGUGCUUUGGCACUCUAGUAAGAAAUUAAUUGCAUUCUUAUCUGCUAUGGCACUAGUGCAUCAUAUAAGUUGGAAUGAUUCUUAGAAAAGUCCUUCAAUUUCCUCCGUCUCGACGUCAAUGUCCAUGUCGUAAAUGCUUGGUCGUGUUGUUAGGCCAGGCAUUCUUG